AUGAUCGGGCCCGCGCCCGGCGUUUCCACCCGGCGACCGGGAGCCGAAACCGCGAUUCCGGAGAAGCUUAUCAAACCGUGGAAGCUCCCCCGGCAACAAACCUACCUCUUCUUAAAUGCCAACGUUGUCGACACCGCGCAUGGGACUAUCCUCGAAAAUGCGACCGUCAAGAUAUCAGAUGGACUUGUCGAGAGUGUCAGUGUUGGAGAUGCAGACUACGCUAAAUGGCGCGGCGCAAUUGUGGUCGAUUUGAAGGGAAAGUAUCUCUCUCCUGGGCUGAUUGACUGCCACGUUCACGUCAGCUCUGUCCCUGGAGAGGCUGGUCUCAACGGGGGCUUCAACAUGGAUGACACGGUGUCUCAUCUGCGGCAAUCCUUCGUCGUCGGCCGCAUCCUCAGUAAGGGCUUCACAACAGUCCGCGAUACGGGUGGCGCGACUCUGGCGUUGAAGGAAGCUAUCCAGGAUGGCGUGUUCCCUGGCCCGAGGCUCUUCAUUGCAAAUCAAGCUCUCUCUCAGACAGGAGGUCAUGGCGAUCGCCGAGGCGCCCACGAUCAUUCGCAGUUAUGCUGCGGGAGCACUGCCGGUCUGUCCAGCGUGGUUGACGGAGUGCCGGAAUGCAUCAGAGCGACAAGAGAGCAACUCCGAACCGGCGCAGACUUUAUCAAAAUCAUGGUUGGUGGGGGCGUGGCAUCUCCUACAGAUAGGAUCGAGAACACGCAAUUCACUGCAGACGAGAUCAAGGCUAUCAGCGAAGUAGCCAGGAGUUACGGAACUUGGGUGACGGCCCAUGCUUAUACCCCCCGCGCGAUCCGCCAUGCAGUUGAGAACGGCGUCACUGGUAUCGAACACGGCAACUUUAUUGACAAGGAGACGGCAGAGUUCAUGGCUGAGAACAAGGUCUGGCUGACCCCCACCCUGGUCACGUAUGACGCUAUGGCAUCCGACAAGUAUGCCGGCUUCCUACCUCCCGAGAACCAGCGCAAGAACCAGGAAGUACUCGAGAAAGGCUUGCAGUCUCUGCGCGUUGCUGCCGAAGCUGGGGUCACCAUCUGCCACGGGUCGGAUCUUCUCGGCCCCUUGCAGGCUGAGCAGAGCAGGGAGUUUGGUAUUCGACAACAAGCACUUAGCGAUAAGCAAGUGCUACAGUCUGCAACUGUCAAUUCAGCCAGUAUGCUUCGGCAGGAGAACUUCCUAGGUCAGGUCAAGGAAGGGUUUGCUGCGGACCUUUUGAUCCUGAACGAGAACCCAUUAGAUGAUGUUUCCAUUCUGGAUGAGCCUGAGAAAAAUGUCUUGGCUGUCAUCAAAGAUGGAAGAGUCUACACUAGCAGAUGGAGCAAAUUGCCCGAGGACGUCACUGAGCCAGUUGUUUUGAUUGAAUAG